UCGAUCCAUUCCAGUUUGCAUCACACUGCCAAGUGAAAAGGAUAUACGUCAUGUCGAUGAUAAAUAAAAUUUACUCCAAAAUAUAAUAAAUUUUUUUAAACAUUUAUUUAUAAUAUUUAAAAUUAUUAUUAAAUUAAUGCUCUUAUUAAUUUUAAAAAAUUGAGUAUUACGUGUGCUUUUUUUUUUUGUGUUUUAAUGAGUUUAAUUUUGCAUAAAAAAUUUUAAAAUAUUGUGUUUAAUAUUCCAAGGAUUUGCACAAUUACUUUGUGACCUCAAUGUUAAUAUUGUGUAUUGACAAUACUGUGAUAUAUUUAUUUUAUGGUAUUAAAAAAAAAAAAAAUUCCAUGAAAUAAUUUAAAUAAGAAAAUCAAGUUUUUCUUUUUUGAUUAUAAUUUAUUUACUGGAUAUAGCAGAGUGAAUAAAAAUGGAAUUAAUAAAAAGGUGUUUUAUUGUGAUUUUUUUGAUAAGUGUUUUGAUAAUAUUUGUUGAUAAUGUUACGGCUGCUCCAACACAUUCAAAUGUUCCAGCAACAGAUCUUUGUGGUUGGACCGGAAGUGGUGGAGGUGGACGUGGUGUAAGACCAGUAUAUUUACGUUGCUCCAGAGGUACAGUGUUAUGGCGUUAUCCACGUGGUGCAUUAAGAGUUGUACUAUCUGGUGGUAGUGAUAAUAAAAGUUUUCGUGGAUGUAUUAAAGUAUCAGGACCAGCACGUGUUUAUCUUGAAGGAAAAGGAACACUAAGACUUAUUUAUGCACAAAGUGAUGGUAAACAUGAAUCAUUACAUCGUUGUUUUCAUUCAAAAGGACAAAUUGCUGCACUUUAUGUUGAAGCUGAUGAACAAAAUAAUGGACAUAAUACUGUUAAACUGAGAUAUGAUUUGGAUUUUGAAUCAUUUGAUAAUAAUGGUAAAUUAAUAAGACAAGAUGAAGAAAAUGAAUGUAGACCAUGUACUAAAGAGGAAUUAGCUGAAACAUAUUGUCAAAGUGAUCUUGUUGCAAGAGGUACUGUUAGUGCUGUUGAAAGGAGACCUGAUAUUAAUUCAGCUGAGCUUGUACUUAGAGUUACAAGUACACUUAAACGUGUUGAAGAAAUUGAGGAUAAUGAAAUUGAUUCUGGUGAUUUACGACUACAAAAAGAAAUUAGAAUACGUGUACCAACAGCAUGUGAUGCAAGACAUGGUCAAGGUGAAUUUGUGAUAAUGGCUAAAAAGAAACUUGGUGAUUUAACACUUACAUGUGCACCUAGACUUGAAACAUGGGCUGAAGCUGUUAGAGAAUUACAAAGUGCACCAUGUUUAUUACGUAGUUAAAAUAUAAACAUUUAUUUAUAUUAUUUUUUUCAAGUUUUGUAAAUUUUUAAAACGUGUACAUAGCUCAUAUAUAUAUAUAUAAAUAUAUAUUUUUUUGUUGAGUGUAAAUAUUAUUAAUUGAACAAAUAAUGUAAAAAAAAAAAAUCUACAAACUGUGAUAUUAUUAAUUUUUUAAGAUUUAAAAAUGAAUUUAUCAUUUACUUUUUUUUUAAUGCAGGGAGGAGAGAGAAUUGUAUAUUAAAUAUAAAUGUUUUUUUUUAAUAAAAAAAAAAGAAAAGAAA